UUGCAGGUGGUUGCUUCUUCUCAACCUGCUGCGCCGGAAAUGUCCCAAGCAAAGCAGACGACAUCUCCGAGUGGAACGGCACAAGUAAACGGACUGUCAAACGAGCUACUAAUGGAGGGAAACAUGCACAAUGCAAGCGGCGUUUUGCAGAUGAGUGAUGGGACGAAUAGGGUUCCAUAUUCUAGCGAAAUAUCACCACAUAAUACAGCUCUUUCCUUUGUUUCUGGACCAACAUUUACGGCUGGUUCAGUGCCUUCCGUGGCUUCGCAAGGCAGUCUUGCAACUUACAUUCCAAUACAGGUUCCUGGUGUGAUCGAAACGGCUUUUACGCAAACUUCAGCCUUUGCCACCCCGCCUAUUUAUCCAUCAGCAUUAACAGCUACAUAUGUCACUGGUCCUACAGCUGCACCUCCUGCUUCACCUUGUACAUUGCUGUCGGCCGGUACUCCAAUAACAGCAGUCUGCCACUGCAUCUAUGCUCAGCCAUGUGCACUUCAUUAUCGUCCAAUUACUUAUGCUUCACAUUCGCUCUCAUCUUUGGGUACGGUGCCUGCUACAUUUUCGCAAACCCAUUCCCAUACUUUACCAGCAACAGUAACAAGCAAUGUUGCAUCUUCUCGUGUAUCAUCUUUACCACCUACCUUAGCCUUACCAUCUCUUCGAUCGUCAGUGAUGCGACUAAAACGAUCCGGUGAACAGCUUGCCACCAGUCAUCCUCCAGUAGCAGAUUCGGAUGGUGUUGCGAAUAUUCGUUUGCAGAAAAUACGCCGUGUUGAGCCCGGUGCAGAAGCAGCCACUUCAUAUCUGGCUUCUCAACGACAUAUUGAAGCUCAAGGUGAAGAGAGAAGUGAUAAUAGUAGGCCAGGCUUAAAUCCCGCAUUUUGUUGUGAUUGCCGCAGUCGCAGUACCUACCAAUGUCCAUAUCAGUCCUGUCCAUAUCACAAUCAUCAUCAUAUUUGUCCGCGCCAUCCAAUGUGCUUUUGUCAGCGGAACGAAUCAGGCACCAGUUACAGGCGUGAGGCUGAUAUGAAUCCCGUACAUGAUUUGUUGUUGUCAUCGCGUGUCGCACAAAUCGAACGUCAACAACAGGCCAACAAUUUGUGGUUUCAGCGGCAUUCUUUGGCAUCAGGUAACCUGAUUGGUGUUGAUAUCGUCCCAAGACGUUUAGCCUCUCAACCGGUGGUUUUCCUGCCGCGUCACCACCAACCCAUCAUGGAGCUCGCUAUGGUUCUGUUGCAGCCACAUGAUCCAGUUAUUUUGGGUGGCAAUGUACCGACUUCCAAUGAUCCUGUACCAGUUGGGGCAACUGUUGAACAAAUCAACCGUUUCUCAACUACUUACAAAUAUAUCAAAGAGAAUGAUAUUCCCGAAAACGAACAGGAACGCUGUACAGUGUGUCUGAAUGAUUUUGAAAUGGACGAGGAAGUUCGAGCGCUUCGCUGCAGUCAUGUAUUCCACAUUGUUUGUAUCGAUCGCUGGCUGGUGUACAAUAAAAAAUGCCCUGUCUGUCGUCUAGACGUGGACAAAACAAACAUAGUGUCAGUGGUUUCCCUGUGAUUCGUACUAGUAAAUGAUCAAAGAAUUUGGAAUACCUUACAAUCUUUCAUACGUUAAUUUUCUACUCUUCUAGCCAAUUUCUCAUUUUCGUAUCCCAUCUGAGCCUUUCCCGAUAAGAUGUUCAAAGCAGGUUGAUUUUACGGAAAAAAGUACCAUGUGGGCUUGAAAUAGCUGGAGAAUUGGUGCCGGUGUUUUGAUAUUGUUCCUUGAAUAUUCAUUUUCAUCUCGUAUGCAGAAAACCUACAUCAUGAUCAGCUCCUGGUUUC